AUGGAUGGAAUCUAUUUUGCAGGCGUUGAAGGUGGUGCAACACAUUCCACAUUGAUCAUUGCAAAUGGAAAUGGUGAAAUCGUAGCAAAAGUCAAUGGCGAUGGAACAAAUCAUUGGAUGGUUGGUAUUCCUGAAGUUGCAAGACGAAUAGCAGCAAUGGCAAGUGAAGCGAAACAAGCAGCUAACAUUCCAGAUACAGUCAAAUUUAAGUGCAUUGGAUUGAGCUUAAGUGGUUGCGAACAAGACACGACAAAUGCUGCACUCGAAAGAGAAAUCAAAAAAGAAUUUCCUGGUUUAUCUGAAGGCUACGUCGUAUGUAGUGAUACUUUGGGAAGUAUUCUGACAGUUUCAAACUUGGGUGGCGUUGUUGUCAUCGCUGGAACAGGAUCGAAUGCUUUUCUAAGGAAUCCAAAUGGAGAAACAUUCCAAUGUGGAGGUUGGGGACAUGCAAUUGGUGAUGAAGGCGGCGCUUGGUGGAUCGCAUUUAAAGCUGUUAAAACAAUUUUCGAUGAUGAUGACAAUCUCGAGAAAUGUCCCUACGAUACGACAGUUGUUUGGAACCUUGUUAAAUCACAUUUUAACAUUGAACAUCGUCGUGAUAUGUUGGAGCAUUGCUAUGCAAGUUUUCAGAAAUCAUUUUAUGCUCGAUUAUGUCAGAAAAUGUCAGUUGCUGCUAGUAAUGGCGAUGAAUUAUGUCAGAGUAUCUUCACUGACGCAGGUCGUCAGUUGGCAAAAAUGAUCUCGGCAUUGACACCAAAAGUUGACAAAGCACUUAUUGAUGCCGGCCAUUUAAGCAUCAUCUGUGUUGGAUCGGUUUGGUUGAGUUGGGAACUUCUUAGAAAAGGAUUCAUAAAAGAAUUGAACAAACAUAAAAUUCCAUUUGAAUUAAGACUUUUACAGCUGAAACCUAAUGUGUCGAUGGCUGUUGGUGCUUACUAUAUGGCCGCUGAUUCCCUUAACUUUCCCAUGCCACGAGAUUAUUCACAAAACUAUGAGAUAUUCUUCAACUAUGACGGACACAAACUUACAAACGGAAAAGAAUAUUUAAAUGGCAAUUAA